AUGAAGGGGUUGUCCUGCCCGUGCCCUGCCCUGCCCCAUUUCUGGCAGCUGGGGUCUCCCUUCAUGGCUGAGGGCUCUGGACCUCAGGCCGUGGGGAACGGACCCCUGCUCAGCAUCCAGCUCCUCCGAGCCCAGUAUGAAGGCCUGAGACGGCAGCAGAGGUCCCAGACCCACCUGGUGGUGUUUCCAAAAGGAGAGAACACGGCAGCCCCCACAGAGGCCAUGGUCAGCAGUGUUUGGAUUAACGAGAGGAGGCGCUCGCUGGGCCCGGAAGAGGCGGGUCCUGAGGCGGAAGGGACAGCGGAGGAGGCCGGCGGAGGCUGUCUUCAAGUGACAGAGUCCCCCUGGCACCAGCACCUUGAGAUGCACCGCUUGGUCCAGAUUUUCCCUCAGGAAUCCGGCCAUCAAGCAAAACACAACAUGGCAUCGGAGCAAAGGCUCCCUCAGGAAGGAGACAAGGGAGUGUUUGAGAGUGGUCAGAUGACUCAGCCGGGAACUCAGGGAGCCUGUCAGGUGGAUAGUCCCCAAACAGAGGCUGUGGGCACUGCUUCAAAGGUCAGCCUUUGCCCUCCUGCCAGAAGGGCCCCACACAGGUCUGGAAAACCAGCUCACUACCCAUUUCCCCAGAGGAAAGCACCCAGGAUCUCCCAAGCAGCCCGCAACCUGGGCUUGUAUGGCCCAGUUUGA